UUUAUGAUUGGCAAAGAAAGCCAGAGUUGGUGUUAAAGCCUCCGUGUAUUACUUCACAUUGCUUCCUUGGUUGGAAACGUCGGUGGAGGAAAUACUGACAGGCCCAAUUCAACCUCAAGGGCUAGCUAGUUGCUAGCUAAGCAGCUAGCUGGCUAAGGCAGAUCCACGUUUAUGUACAAUUGUAUGGUUUCCAGGUUUUGUUCUAAAAUUCCGUUAGCUAUUAGCUUUGUGCGUUUUUGCAAUUAGAAACGACACCUUCGGUCUAACAUUCCUAAAAGCCCUGGCGUCAGCAGACUUGACGGCUUUAAAGAUUUAUAUUUACAGGCCAAAGGGCCAAUGCCCUGACCAAUCAGAACGAACCUGGUGUGUUGAUAGCUUUCUAUCAAACUUUGAAGAUUUGUUAACUUCAAAGUGGCAACUUCAUUGAUAAAGACACUGGUACACAUAUGUAUUAUUAUUGUUACUCAAAUCUGGGCAUAGUUUCGAAGUUGUUCAUCUCGAAGAGAGGUCAAGAAGAUAACGAAGAUAUGGCCAGUGACUCGAAGUGUGUCGAAUAAUUGUCUGCAUUGUUCCCCCAGAUAAGUGGCAGGCCUAGGCUGCAACAAUGCCACUUGGAGUUAGACCUACCCCUUCUCGUAAAGACAAUGGACAGAGAGACUCCCCACCGCACAGGCUCGAAAAAGCCAGCCGGGAGAGUGGUGGGUCCACCCCGGGCCCAUCCAAUGCUCCCCCCAGGCAGGGCUACUGCAGCUGCUGUCAGGUGGUCUACACCAGCCUCGAACAGCACCUGAUGACUGCCAGGCACAGAGAGGUGGUGAGGUCGUCGUCUUCGGCCCGGACCGGCGUCACCACGGGCAGCCUCAUGGACCGCUUCCUGCAGGACGUCAUGAGGCACCAUCCCUAUCACUAUAGCGACACACGGCCAUCGCACAUGGACCUCCCCUGCAUCGCCACCUUACCGCCCCCCCGUGAGGAGCUUUCCGAGGUCUACUGCGGCUCCAAGGGCGACAGGGCGUCGGUCGGGACCAGAGAUGAAAUGCCCAGCUCGGACGACGAAGCCUCCACCACACCAGCAACCGCCACUGCCACUGCCACUGCCUCUGCCGGCACCACGCAGCAGCAGCAGCAGCAGAGGGCACCCCCUUCAUCCCAGAAGAAGAAGAAGGACAUUCCAGCACCAACUCCAACUCCAGCUAAAGCUCCAUCCCCAUCUCCAUCUCCAUCUUUCACCAAAACACCAACAACAACAACAAGGGACAAGGCCGUGGAUGCUAUGCCCACAACAAGCACUCGCAGCGGUUCGAACACCCAGCCGAACCCGCCCCUGUCCAGGAAGGACUCGCCCACACAAGGCUUCAUGCACAGGACUAGUAGCUUGUCGUUGCGCACGGCCUCCAACUCCAGGUGUUACUCACGGAAAGGGCAGACAAAGGCGGACGGCACGCAAACGCCCGCGCCCGCCGAUGCCACCGCCGCCACCACCACCACCAACCCUCUGCAAUCUAGAGCCCCGACGACACCCACCACAACACCUACACCUACACCGACUCCAGUCCCAGUGACCGAGCAGCCAAGCCACUCCCAGUUCCUGCACAGAAAAGCUCAGAGGAAGACCAACAGACACAGAGAUGAGAACGAAUCUGCCUCCAACUCUCUCGCUGGAGCAGAAUUGAGCAUGGUGCCCCUCUCAAUACCCAAGGCCACCACCACCAACACCACCUCCUCUGUCCCCAACAAGCCAGAGUUUGAACCUCUUUCGCCUAUUCUCUGGACCCCGACCAUACCUCCGUGGAAGAGCGCGCACAGGGAGCACACCUUUUCCGACGCGUCAGGCCAGAUCAGUAAAGUCAUCGAAGAGGUGAUCGACACUUACUGCUACGGCGGCCUUCGCAAACAGCAGAAGACGAAAGCCGAUUACAACGACGACGGUGGUUACUCGGGAAGCGAAAAGGGAAGUUUCCACGUGAGCCUGUGCUCCAUGAGCAGCUCUGAGACGAGUAAAGAGUGGGACAACACAGUGCAGGUGGCUCCGGUAGACCCCACCGCCGUUGCCCCUACCGCCACCACCAAGCUGGAGGAGAACAACCUCACAGGCCUCAUGGGAUCCCAGUUCAGCCUGGAGGACCAGGGUUACUUCACCCAGCUGGACUCGGCGCUGAAGCCCUUUGAGGAGUCUGCAGAGAUGAUGAUGAUGAUGACGGGCGACGGGACCACUGGCGUCCAGGGCGUGGACCUGUCCAGGGUGGUGGUGCCGGAGGAGGAAGAGGAGGUGCUGCCGGAUCUCCCCCACAUCCCGCCGGCGUUUGUCGGGAAGACCUGGACUCAGGUGAUGUUGGAGAAGGAGCAGAAGAUCGACAAUAUGGUCAGGGAGUUCCGCGAGGGGAAAUUCCGCAACUAUUUCGACUCGGAGUCGGUGGCCUGUUACGGGCGGCACCGCAGGAAGAAAAAGAGACGCCCCACGGACGUGACGGCGACAGUACAGGACGCCGAGCCUUUGAGUAAGUUGGAUGAUGGAGGAGAUGCUAUUCCUCUGAUGGAGCACACGGAGGAGGACACUGCUGUGGAGGACCAACAAACGCCACAGAAGCAGCAGGAACAGCAACCGCAGGAGCAGCAACCGCCACCGCCGGUGGCAGUGGAGCAGGAACUGCAGGAGCAACCGCAACCGGUCGCCCGACCGCAGAGGCGCGUCUACCGGCUGGCGUCGCGCUGCCAGGUGGUCAAGGUGAGUCACGGCACCCAGACCACGGCCGUGAGUUGCCCCGUGGUCCGCCGCAAGACGGCGCUGGAGGGCAUGAGCGCGGCGCUGCUGGAGCUCCAGCGACAGGAAGAGGAGGAGCUGAGGCAGCAGGAAGAGGACGAAGCAGAAGAACGAAACGCCAACAGAACGACGCCCAAACGGAAGGCCACUGCCGCCGCGCUCAACAACGCCCUGCGCCUGCCGUCCUUCUACAGCAAGGUGAUGUCGCCCCUGCAGCCCAAGACGGUGGUGUACGUGCUCUCGUCGCCAGCCGACACUCUGGACAGCAUCAGCAAGCAGCCGGGUAAGCGGAGGCCCGGCGGCGGCCGCAAGAAGAAGGUGGGCAACGUCGACGACGGCCACAAGUACACGUACAAGAAGAACCCGUUGAAGUACUAUGACCCCAAGACCAACCAGAUCCUCAAGACGCCUCCCAAGGGCGUGUCCAGGACCUCAAACAUCUCCAAGUACCAUCACCCACACGUGCGGCAGCUCUUCCGCAGCCUCAGCCCGGACAACAACAAGGACCGAUGCGGUGGUGGUGGUGGUGGUGUUGGCGUUGACUUUGGGGACGGCUGGGGGUCUCAGAGACCAGGAGGAGGAGGAGGAGGACCAGGGGCCUGGCCAGGCUGCAGCAUAGCCGACCUGUGUGCCUCCACCACGGGCUCGUGCCUGGACAGCGCGGGGCCCUCGGAGCCCGGUUCCUCGCUGACCAGCAGCCGUCGGGCCCUGUUCAGCCGCUCGUCCAUGUGCAGCAGUAACCGCUUCCUGCUGGGUACUCUGACCCCCGGGCCGUCGAUCGCAGACGGCACAGCCGUGGCCCCGUCUUCCCAGGCACAGGCCAGCGACCAGGACGAGGAGGAGGAAUCCUCGGGGUCGGAACAGGUAGGGGGAGGGGUGAGGGCACGGGGAAGGAGGACGCGGAGCAGGGCAGGAGGUGGUGGUGGUGGUGGUGGUGGACAGCAGGAGAAGGGGAGGAAAGGGAGGAGGAAAUCCAAGUCGACGAUGACAAAGGCGAGGAGGUCUCCGCCUGAUGAUGACAACGAGUACUCACCUUCGCCAAAAAGGAGGAAAAAAACAACCACCACCACCUCUGCUUCUGCUGUCACGAACACUUCUCCCCAACUGGGGAAGAGGAGGCCAGGGAGGCCCCCGAAACAGCAGGCACGGGCACAAGUACAAGUACAGGCGGCGCAAAAAGCCAAGCCCACGGGAGGCAGGAGGUCCCCCCGUGGUGUAAGCAAAGGCGCCACUCGGUCCUCGCCGAGAAGCUCACCCCGAGUUCAGUCACAUUUGAGACCCUAAGUAAGGCGGCGCUCGGUGGAAUUCUCGAAUUUGAACAGUUAUUUAUUUAUUUUAUUUUUUUAAAAUGAAGGUACCAAACGGAUUUCAGUGAAAGUACAGUUUAACGUACCGUAAAAAUGUACUCAUUAGAUGAGGCAUAUGUAUAUUAGUAUUUCAGUAUGUGUGCACACGCACAGUCUCUGGAGGAACUACCAGCAAAAAAAUGUCUCAGUUUGAUUACGUGCAUCACAUGAUCAUACCGUCAUGUGAUCAUGCUACACAGUCUCACCCCAAGUAGUCAAUUUUUGACUACUCAAUUUUUGACACCCCAAGACUGCAGUUUUUGACGUCUUGGGUAUUCCUUCCACGUCACAUUUUGACUAUGUCCUCAAAGGCGCCCCCUUGUGGCAGCAUAACGUCAUUGAGGUUAGGUUUAGGAAUAGGUUUAGGGUUAAGGGUGGUUUAUGCCUCGAGAUCAGCGUCACUGCAUCAUGAUGCAGUGAGCCGCGCAGUUAACGUAGUGAAGCCCCCCCCAUCACGCAGGUACUCUGGGGCACCUCCCCAAAAUUGUGUCUCGACGCAGGGAGCGACGGCGUGAAAGGGCGAAAAUAGGUCUCUGAUUGGUCCUCUCGACCAGCCUGCUCUGUCCUCGAGUCGAGAACAAGCGCUACUUCCUUGUUCUAACCUUCGUCGGUCUACGGACUGUGAGCUCUUCAUUGAAUAAGUUGCCCGUGCUUUGUUGUUUGAUUUAUUUACACGAACCGAAGACAACACAUGCGCUUGCAAGUUACGACGCUGAAGUUAUUUGGACAGUUGAACAGUGGUUCCGAGGUCGAGGAAACAUUCCGCUUCGUCCUCGACAAAUGAGCCACUUCUUUGUUCCAAACUACUACUGUGGCUGCCAGUGCGAUCAAACAUGCACGUGAUAUAAAGAUUUAAUGUUUCAUUUUCAUUCUCGUCGAGUCUGUGAUGCUAAAAAACAACCGACACGUCUAGUUUACUCUUUGUAUUGAAGGCAGUUUCAGCGUGGAAUGACAUCGCGCAGACCGUGCUUCAAAACAGGGCAUAAACAAGAAUUAACUGCAUCAUGGCUGCGUCAAGCUCACUCUGUGGCACAAGUAGGAAGCAUAACUGAGCCUUUAGGCCA